AUGAAGCUCAACCCAGCCAAAUGCGCCUUUGGAGUCAGAGCAGGUAAAUUCCUAGGAUACCUGAUCAGCCAACGGGGCAUAGAGGCUAACCCUGAAAAGAUCCAAGCUAUAGCAAACAUGAAGGCUCCGCAGAACAUCAGAGAAGUGCAAAAGUUGAAUGGCCGUGUCACAGCACUGGGACGCUUCAUCUCUUCGUCGGCUAAAAAAUGUUUACCAUUUUUUAAGCAACUAAGGAAUAUGAAAAAAUUCACUUGGGAUGAAGAGUGCCAGAGAGCAUUUGAAAAUCUGAAGUCUUUCUUGACCCAACCACCACUACUGAGCAGACCCAUCGCGGGAGAGACGCUAUACCUAUACCUCUCAGUAGGGAAGGAGACAAUCGCAUCCGUCCUAGUCCGAGAAGAAGGGGAAGAACAGCAACCUAUCUACUAUGUGAGCAGGACGCUUAAAGGCGCAGAGCUCAACUACCCAACCAUCGACAAGUUGGCGUUAGCAGUAGUAGUUACGACAAAGAAGCUCAAACCGUACUUCCAAGGGCACACAGUCAUCGUCCGGACAAACCAACCUUUACGCAAAGCUCUCCAUCGUCCAGAAACAUCUGGAAGGCUAGUAAGCUGGUCGGUACAGCUGGGAGAGCACGAUAUAAGGUACGAGCCAAGAAAGACGCUGAAGGCACAAGCGCUGGCAGAUUUCGUCGCAGAAAUGACUGAGAAACCACCUGACGCAGUCGUAGAGGACAUAACCUGGAACCUGUUCGUAGACGGAGCUUCCAGUGAACAGGGGGCUGGAGCAGGAAUAGUGUUACUCGGACCUCAGAAGGUAGUCAUUGAGCAUGCAGUGCAUUUGAAGUUUCGAGCUACCAACAAUGUGGCAGCAGAAUAUGAGGCCUUUCUAACAGGGCUCACAUUAGCGAGAGAAGUAAAAGCAGAAAAGCUGAGGAUCCACAGUGACUCCCAGCUGGUCACAAGUCAGAUCUUGGGCCAAUUCCAGACGAAAGACGCAAACAUGGCAAAAUACAUGGAAAAAGCGAAGGGGAUGCUAAAGGAAAUAGAAAGGAAUGGCGGGCAAUGGGAGAUAAUCCCAAUACCCAGAGAAAGAAACACACAGGCAGACGCCCUGGCAAAGGCAGCUGCUGCAAAAAGCCCCCUGUAUCUCUCACUCUACAUGAAAGAGGAGAGGAUGAAUCCCAUAAUAGACGAGGAAGAAAUUUUUCCGAUCACAAAGAUGGAUUCUUGGAUGCAACCCAUAGUUGCAUACCUGAAUGACGGAACAGUCCCAGAAGGGAGAGCAGAAGCAGCCAAACUGGUGCGAAUAUCGGUAGAGGAGGGAGCCUAUGUACUGAAGGAAAUCCAUGAAGGAGAUUGUGGAGCACAUGAGGGAGCAGCCUCUCUGAGCAGGAAAGCACUACUCAUGGGGUACUAUUGGCCAACCAUGAAGAAAGACGCAGAAACAAUGGUGAAAAAAUUCGACAAGUGUCAAAGAUUUGGCACAAUCAUAAGAACUCCAGCAGCCCACCAAUCAGCAAUUGGAAGUCCAUGGCCUUUCAUGACAAGGGGAGUGGACAUACUGGGACCAUUCACCCCAGCCAGGGGACAAGUCAAAUUUAUUGUGGUUGCGGUGGAUCAUUUCACCAAGUGGAUGGAAGUGCAACCAAUGAGCACCAUAACGUCCCAGAAGAUCAUCAAUUGGCUUUCAAACGAAGUCAUGAGCAGGUUUGGGACACCACACACCCUAGUCACAGACAACGGGAAACAGUUCGAUUGCGCAAAGUUCAGGGAAUACUGCGCCGAGUUAGGGAUCAACUUGAAAUUUAAUUCAGUAGCACACCCGCAGACCAACGAACUCACAGAAGUAACCAACCGCACUAUCCUAUCCGGAAUCAAGAAGAGACUCGGAGACUUGAAAGGGAGAUGGAUAGACGAACUAUACCAUGUCAUAUGGGCUUAUAGAACAACUCCCAGGAGGGCCACAGAGGAAACACCUUUCCGACUCACUUAUGGAACAGAGGCUGUCCUCCCCGUAGAAAUGGGAAUGCCCACACUAAGGGUACAGGUCGUAGACGAAGAGCGCAAUGAAGAAGCAUUGAAGCUGUGCUUGGAUCUACUAGAAGAGAGAAGACACCAAGCAGCCAUACGCGCAGAAGCUUAUCGCAGACAAAUGACUAGGUAUCAUAAUGCCAGAGUCAAAGAACGAAGUCUGUCAGAAGGAGACUUAGUCCUUCGAAAAGCAGAGAUAGGGAAAGGAGCGGCAGGAGUAGGAAAACUCGAGCCCAACUGGGACGGUCCUUACCGAGUCACAGAAGUCGUAGGAAAAGGAGCAUAUAGAAUAGCUCAGUUAGAAGGCACACCAUUGCCUAGAACCUGGAAUAUCGAGAAUUUGAAGAAAUAUUUCCAGUGA